AUGCCGAACGAUAUCCGCCAAGACAUCACCCUAAUUGACAAGGAGUCUUUUCCUUACAUUUUCGAGCAAAAUGUCACCAUUCCCUUACGGGACGACUUCCACCCCCAGUCAUACAGUGAAGUGAACCCAGCGCACCACUCCGAGCACUCAGCAUGGGAAACACCCGAUCCGGCAUUCUGGACCAAAAAUGGCUACGUCGUUGUUCGAGCAGACGAGCGUGGUACUGGGCAAUCGCCUGGAAAAUUAGAUACAAUGUCCCGGGGAACAAGUGAUGCAUUCUUGAUGUUGUCGAAUGGGCAGCCGAUCAGCCCUGGUCUUCGGGUAAAGUCGGCCUCCUUGGAAUCAGCUAUUACGCUGGAAGCCAAUGGAGAUGGAGGUCCAAAAGAGCUUCCUCAUGCUUUUCUGAAAGGGGAAGAUCGGUCUGGCUGGUCUACAGGCGAUGCACCAAAAGUUGACUUGAUUCUCCGUAAAGGAGAUGUUGGCUUUAACAACGCAGAAGCCGAGAGGGCUUAUACUCGCCGACGUGAGAGUGAAUGGCCUAUCGCGCAGACGCAGUACACCCCGUUUCAUUUGUCGGCAACAAAGACUCUUACUCAUGAGAAGCCAUCAGAAAGUUAUAGCAAGCUGUCUUAUCGCGCCUUGGGUACUCUUGACAACCCAGAAGUUAUCCAAUUUGUCACACCGGCGUUUGAAGAAAAAACUGAAGUCACAGGCCAUAUCGUGGCCCACUUGAAUGUUUCGGUUACAGCAGAUUCUCACCACUCCACUCCACAAGACAUUGAUAUCUUUCUUACGCUGCGCUACGUAUCCCCAGAGGGCAAGGAAGUAUUCUACACCGGUACUGCGGGCGACCCUGUGCCAUUAUGCAAAGGCUAG